GUUUUUUGUUGUAAAUGAGGCCACAAAAUACAAUUUUCUUUCCUUUUUCAUUGUAUUUUUGUUUUUAGAAAACUUCUAACAUUUUAGUUUAAUUAGAAACAAUCAUAUUAACAUUUUACUGUAUUUAUAAAGUCUCCAGUCAGUUUGAUAAAUGAUUGUUAAUAAGGUUUGAAUAUAGUUAAUUACUAAUAUCUGAUGAUUACUUACUGAAUGACAUCAAAACGACUUUAUCAAAGCACUUUUUUUAAUGUCAUUUAAUUUUUACUAGAAAGUUUCUGUACCUUGUUCCUCCAUUGAUAAAUAAGUGAUUGUUUCCUGAUCGACCUUAUUGAUCAGAGAUGGUUCGGUCUAACAGAAGGUGAGCAAAAGUUUGAUUUUCUGUUAAAUGUUUUUUUAAGGUUUCAUGUUGCAGAAAUUUCUGAUCAGACAUUCAGUAAAUGUUACCUGCAGUCAGUGAAGUUGUUGAUCUUCACUGUUGUUUUUAAUUUAUAUUCCUGUUGUAUUUCCAGUUGCUGUGUCUGAAUCCAGGAUGAAGUGCAGCAGCACAAAUACAACAAAUAAGCUCUCUCCUCGUCCUGAGGACUGCUGACCACCUCGGACAGAGCCGAUGUCAGCAGGAUUUACAAGGUGAGCGGUCAAAGGAUGAAGGUAUUUCAGGAGCUCAUUGGCCCGGGUUGGUCUCAAGAGUUCCUCAUGGCCAUAAAGAGGAACCUCCAAAUCCCUGUCCAAGCACAUAAAUACCCCGCAGAUUUCACUUUGUAGUCCGUGACUCCCUCACUGUCCUUCUGUCAGUCUCUGCUGCCCUCCUCAUCGUCACUGUUGUAGGUGAGAAACUCUUUUACUUUGUGGAUUUUGUGGGGAAGCACUGCGCGGUUGCAUAGGACAUCCUUGUGUUUCCUCUUUAAAUUCAAGUAUUUAUAAAUGUUAUUAUGUGUCUCUGUUGGGAGUUGAGCAGUUAUAUCGUAUUUAUUUGUUUUUAAGUUUACACAAAACUGCGGGGAAAAAAAGAGGAUUUUGUUCACUUAAGUCCAAGAAAAGUAUUUAAUAUUAGUAAAAAUGUGUGUGCAGAGUCUUAUUUUUUCUAUAUUUUGGAUUAUUUUCUGCCUUCUUGCACUAGUCUUUCCAUCUAUUACUUAAAACAAGUUUGGAUUUCUUCUUGUUUUAUCAAUUCUGCAUUCGUGCAAAAAGUCUUUCGGUUGCUUCCAAGUCUGCUUUUUCUUUCUCAUUUAACUGCCAGAGUAUCCGGUUACCUGCUGGUGAAAAAUAACCCAAAUAUCAGAUUACAGCUGACAGGUGAUUGCAUCCGUAAUUACUGAUCUUUCAAACGGAACCACCAGAAAUCUCAUUCUGCGUUUACAGAUUUAAAUAGAGUUUUACUGUUGUUAUAAAGUUAUAUAACAAUAAUAAAAAUAAUAAUAAUAAUAAUAAUAAUAACAUUUUAAAAAAUUAGAGGAAUGCAAACCUGAAAGUCUUUUAACAUCUGGUUCGUUUACUGUUUGGUAAAUAAAGUCUAAAGCUGUUUAAUUCAACUGUUUUUAUCUGAGGUUAAAAUUAAUAAAAAUAUGAAUGGAGUUUGGUUGUAAAUUCUGGAAUUUAUUUUAUUUUGUUUAUUAAGUGACUGAAUGUUUAGCUAAUAAAAUACGUCCGGAGUAACUGCUCAUAAAGAAAUAAUCAUAAAUGUCACUGCUGACCUUUGACCCUGAGCCAGGAUUAGCAUUGACCCGAUUGGCCCAGAUACUGAAGUUUCUAUUUUUAAAUCAGAGAAAUGACCAAAUGCACACGAGUCCCCUGGAACCUGCAGAGGGGCCCCCAGAGGCCCUCAGGUUUAAGGAUUCAUUUUAGAUCCUAUGUUAGAUAUACGAGUGUGCUGCACAUUUUAGCUUUCUUAAUACCGUAAAACUUCAGUUAGAAGCAGGUCUCCUUUACUAGCCUGGUGUAUCAAUUAGAGGCCUUAAUUAUCUGGAUGUAUAAAAAAUAAUAAUAAAUAUACAUAAUACAGACAGAGAAUUGUAUAAAAUGUUUCCUAAAACAGGAAAUAAUCUGCUCAAAAUGCAUCGAAAUCACUUGUUUUAAACAAACUUCCUGAAGUUACUGAGUUCACUGUUUUGGGAUCAUUGUACAGUUUCUAAUAUAUGAUGAAAUAUCCAUAAAAUAGGUCUAUUUGUAUUUACCAUCUGUAUGAGACAAUAACCUCUCAUAUAAUAAGAACAAUGUGCCACUUUAACCGUUUUCUUCUGAUUAUUUUACAGUCUGAAACUAAAAAGCAGCCAAGAUGUCUGAGGGAAAGAAGAUGACAUCAAGCCGCAGGCAUCAUCUCAAGAGUUUGAUGCUGCAGAUCGCUGCGGCCUGGCUGGAGCAGGAAGCCACCGACAUCGCGGCCGCCAAGGAGGCUUACAUGGCGGAGAACUGCGCCACCCCCGACCUGAGCGGAGACCAGGCGGCUCUGGUGGACAUCUGCAAGAAGCUGUUCCAGGCCCUCGACAAGAUUGAUGAGGACAGAUACGACGCUGAGGCCAAAGUGGCAAAGACAGAGAAAGAGAUCGACGAGCUGAAGCUGAAGGUGGUCGAGUUGGCCGGCGUGAAGAAACCCGCCCUGAAGAAAGUGCGUAUGUCCGCUGACGCCAUGCUGCAGGCCCUGCUGGGAGGCAAACACAAGGUGACCAUGGACCUGAGAGCCAACCUGAAGCAGGUCAAGAAGGAGGUCAAAGAAGAGGGUGGCGAAGGCGUCGGCGACUGGCGUAAGAACAUUGAAGACAAAGCUGACAGGAAGAAGAUGUUCGAGACUUCCUAAAAGACUUUCACUUCCUCUCUUUCCCACGACUGACCCUUUUCAUGGAAUAUAAAAAACUCGUGCCAUUAAAUUAAAUCUUUUUUUUGGAAUAAGGAAA